GUCGCCGCAAAUCCCCCGAGUUAGGGUUUCCGCGACCGCCUCCCGCUCGACUCCGCUGCUACCCAACAAUCUGCAUUCCCUCCCUCCCUCCCGAGCACCAAUCCGUACGUGCGCGCGGCGGGCCAUGGCGACGGCGGUGGCAGCGGCGAAGGGCGGCGAGAAGCCGGCGCUGAGGAAGCCGGUGUUCAUCAAGGUGGACCAGCUCAAGCCGGGCACCGGCGGCCACACCCUCACCGUCAAGGUCGUCAGCGCGAGCCCUGUCCCCGCCCGCGGCCGCGCCGGGGGCAGUGGCGGCCCGGCCGCCGUCGGGUCUCGCCCCGUGCGCAUCGCGGAGUGCCUCGUCGGCGACGAGACAGGGGUCAUCGUCUUCACCGCCCGCAACGACCAAGUCGACAUGCUGAAGCCAGGAAAUACAGCAAUUCUGCGGAAUGCGAGAAUCGAUAUGUUCAAGGGCUCGAUGAGGCUUGCUGUCGACAAGUGGGGACGUGUGGAGGUUACAGAGCCUGCCAGUUUCACGGUGAAAGAAGACAAUAACCUAUCGCUUGUUGAGUACGAAUUGGUUAACGUGCCGGAGUGAUUGCUCCAUCAAGGUCUCUACUGCUAGCAUAAAAAGGGCAUGUCAAACUAGUAGUGAUUUCGUUUCUUAAAACAAGAUUAGGAGGGAGUAUGGCAUUUUGUUUAGAAUUCUCAACCAGUGAUUCAUAUGAAAUCAUUUUGUGUGCACCCCAUGAAGAUGAUAUUUCUCUUUCUCGUGGCCUGAUAA